CCUCUCCUAAGGAGAGGGCCUCCCUUUCCCGUGAUCACCUUUUGCGUCCUUUGUUAACCUCCAAGUCUACUUGGUGAAAACGGCCCACGAAGGAGUAACAAGGACUUUGUCCCUAGUGUGUCAGGUUUGGGCACCAGUGCUGUAGUGGCUUUCUCUGCUGCUCCUUGUGCAUCAGCAGACAGAUGUGGUUUACAUAGGAAGAAAGACUAAUGUAGGCAAAGAUUUGCUCUUUCUUCAGCAGCCCUGGAAAGACGGUGGCCUGGGUGAUUCACCACUCCUUCCUCACGUCCUUGAUUUUAUUUCAACUGAGUUCGAUAUGCUCCUCCCAUCCUUUUCCUCUUGGAAGCCAAACCUCUUUGUAAUUUGUAUAAGGUCCAUACCCCAGGAGCUGAGUGACUGCAGAAACUGGCCUUCCAUCUCUCUCAGACACCAAGCUGCAGAUCCAGGUCACUUCGUAGGUCACCACCUAAAGGGGAAAAAGACCUCGCUUUGGAGAGUGGCAAUAAAACGCUUGUGGAGAAGCAUACACGCUUUUCCGGGAAAGUGAGGCCACCAUGGCUCUUGAUAAGUCUGUCAUCCUGCUCCCUCUGCUUGUCCUGGUGCUGCUGGUGCUGGGCUGCCUGGGCAGGGAAUCCCGGGCCAAGAAAUUCCAGCGGCAGCACAUGGACUCAGGCAGUUCCCCCAGCAGCAACUCCACCUACUGCAACCAAAUGAUGAAGCGCCGGAGUAUGACACAGGGGCGGUGCAAACCAGUGAACACCUUUGUGCACGAGCCCCUGGUAGAUGUCCAGAAUGUCUGCUUCCAGGAAAAGGUCACCUGCAAGAACGGGCAGACCAACUGCUUCAAGAGCAAGUCCAGCAUGCACAUCACAGACUGCCGCCUGACAAACGGCUCCAGGUACCCCAACUGUGCAUACCGGACCAGCCCGAAGGAGAGACGCAUCAUUGUGGCCUGUGAAGGGAGCCCAUAUGUGCCAGUCCACUUCGAUGCUUCUGUGGAGGACUCAACCUAAGGUCAGAGCAGCGAGAUACCCCACCUCCCUCAACCUCAUCCUUUCCACAGCUGCCUCUUCCCUCUUCCUCCCCUGCUGUGAAAGAAGUAACUCCAGUUAGGGCUCCUAGUCAACACACUCAUGCUUCCUUUUCCUGAGUCCCACCCCUGCGUGAUUUUGGGGGUGAAGAGUGGGUUGUGAGGUGGGCCCCAUGUUAACCCCUCCACUCUUUCUUUCAAUAAAACACAGUUGCAAGCACUUGA